GGGGGUGCCUUACCUCUGCUGCACGUGGGCAGCUAGGGUCCUGUGGGCAGUGGCGUCUGGCGGGCGACCUGGCUGGAAGGCCCGGUGUCCUUACAGCAGCCACACCUGUACAGUGUGGCAAAACUGGGUCAGGCUCUGUGUUACCUUCCCCUGACUCCCCAGGUAAAUAAGCAAAAAUGCAAAGAAUACGUCCCUGGGAGGGGCCCUGGGGCUGGCUUGUUUCUCCUACGCACAGAGUGCUGGGGGCCUCCUGGGCAGCUGGCCCGCAGCUGGACACUGGGGCCACGGACAGCUCAGAAGUGGUCCCUGCUUGCAAAGUGCUGGGCCUGGUGUCCAGACAGCAUUCAGCCGGUAAGGGGACAGGUGAAUUAGAGGGUUACAGGUUUGCCCCAGAGGAGGCUUCUCUGAAAGCAUCACCAAACAAAGGGUCAGGUGUCGGGGUCUGGAAAGGCUAUGUUACAUGAGUGGAGUCUUGCCAGGUGAAGGGGCAUUACAGGUGGCCAGGGGCGUCUGGGGUUGAGGUGUCAGGUGGCCCAGGCGUGCCGAGGAGCCAGGGGUCCGGGAGAGGAGGCUGCAAGGGCCAGCGAGAAGGUGGCGAGCUGUGUCCUGGGAGACUCGGUGCUCGGGCCUCCGAGCCAUCCGCCCCACGGAGCCCCUGCCGCCCAGGCUGGUGUGAGGGCGGCUGUCCUUCAGGGAGCGUGAGGCCUGGCAGACGCUGGGUAGAACGCCACCGGCUCCCUGUCCUCGUCAUAUGUUUUUUAUAGUUGGGCACUGACUGUGCUGAGGUCUCUGCCAGGUGACUGUGAGCUUGGGAUUAGGGGCCGGCCCUGCGUGAGAGCAGGCGACAGGCUGGCCGGGCCAUGGUGGGGUGGCAGUCGCCCCAGGACACUGCAAGUAGCCAGCGCCCAUCGUGAGCACCCUUCUCACCUGCCCUCCACUAAGGUCCUGGGCACAAGUUCUCAGCUGUGUACCCCGGCCUGGAGGCCCAUCCAUCUGGGCCCUUCUGAGCAGGGGUCCCUGGGUGGGGUCAGGGUGGGCACGGGCCUCCUCUGCACACCUGCCUCCCCUCUGCUGCCGGUCGGAAGCUCUGUGGUGCCAGGAUGUGGCUGGGUGGCCUGUCUGGGCCUUAGGUUCCCCAUCUCUGAAGCAGGCGUGUCACUGCUUGGGGGCAUGCACGGAGGAAGCUCCAGCAACCAGAAGGUGCUGCGCCCCCUCCUGCCCCAGGGUGGCUGCCAAGGGGCAGUGGUGUCGCCACGUGCGGGGCCUGGCCUGAGUCCCUGGAAUUCCAUGGAGGCGACAGCGACUGGCUGGUGCAGAGUUUCACCAUGGAGCUUUUCUGACCCCUCCUGUCUGCUGGCAUGGUGCCAGCCGGGGGCCGGCCCUCUGAGAGCGCAUGCCUUUCUUUGGGCAAAGGGCAGAGGGCAGAGUGGCAGGAGGGAUUCUUGUGCGGUGACAGCGUCCAGCCCCACGUGACCCGCUGUCUCCAUUCACUCAGGGCCGGAGUCUUCUUCCUGUCCUCCUCCGAGGGUGAGCACAUCAGCUUCCUGUUCGACUGCAUCGUCCGCGGCAUCUCCCCCACCAAGGGCCCCUUCGGGCUGCAGCCGGUUCUCCCAGACCCGAGCCUCGGGGGGCCCGCCACCGUGGAGGCGCGAGUGGCCCAGGAGGCCCUGGAAGCCCUACAGCUGGAGAAGCGGCUCAGCCUCCUCUCCCACUCAGUCAGGACGGGCAGUGGAGGGGAUGACCGCAGCCUGUCCAGCUCGUCGUCAGAGGCGAGCCGCUCGGACGUCAGCACCAGCAGCCGGCUCACAGCCUGGCCAGAGCAGUCCUGGUCCUCGGCUGGCACCUCGCAGGAGGGGCCCGGGCUGGGGGCCGCCCAGGUCCCUGGGGAGGUCGCGCUGGGCGCCUCCAGGCCGCCACCCAAGCCGCUGCGGCCCCGGCAGCUGCAGGAGGUCGGCCGCCAGAGCUCAGCGGACAGCGGCAUCGCCACGGGCAGCCGCUCCUCCUGCUCGGGCAGCUUCUCCUCGGGCACCGACAGCAGCCUGGACGUGUGGCGAUCCGGCGACGAGUUUGGCUCACUGCUCAGUCUGCCGCUGGCGGCCGGGGCGCCCGAGCCCAGCCUGUGUGCCUGCCCUCCGGGGACAGCCGAGUACCAAGUGCCCACCGCCCUGCGGCCCCACUAUGACUCGCCCCGCAGCCUGCGCCAGGCACCCAGGGACCAGACCCCAGCCGCACAGGGCGGCCCUGCCGGCGGCGGGGCUGGGGACUCGGGCAGCCAGGUGUCCGCGGGGUGCCCCUCCAGCUGGCUGGGUGCCCGGCAGCGGGGACAGGAGACGGAGGCUGCGGGCAGUGAGGCCACCCCACCCAGCCCAGCCCCCACCGAGCCCUGGGAGGCGGGUGGCCCUCGUGCUGAGCCGCCUCCUGCCUUCUUUGCCGCAUGUCCCGUCUGUGGCGGACUCAAGGUAAAGCCCCCGCCCUGAGAGCCAGGGCCCAGGCCUGCUGCUCCAGGUGGGGUUCACCCCUCGGGACAGGAGAAGGAGGUCCUUGCCAAGGGGGCGCACUUUGUGCCCCUUGGUGAGGCUGGUGGCCGUCAGCCCAGUGGGGAGGGCCUGUGGGGGUCACCAGCUCCUGGGGAGCAGAGCCUGUCAGGAGGCCACUGUGACCGUCUGGGGAGGGUCCGCUGGCCGUGAAGAGGCCCCGCCUACAGGCAGCUGGAAGUGCCUUCUGGGGUGGGAGGCUCUGGGUGGCCAUCGGCAGAAGCCCAGGGCCCCGGGUUAGGCUCAGGCUCAGGCGCGGGGGCCAGGCAGGCACCAUGGCUUAGCCGGCUUGUGCCAGGACCCCCUGGCCGGGCUGCCUCCCCGCCCCGCUGCACCACCCACCUCAUGGCCGGCCAGGCCUGCAGUCCCAGCCCCUCCGCGGCUAAGAAUCCAAACCCUGCCAGCAGCUCCGGCCCCGAGGGUGCGGGCCCAAGGCUAACCCCGUGUGGCACGCGUGUGUGACCAGCUUUACCUGUUUGCCCCUCGCCUCCCGCGAAAAGCAGCACCUGCAGGUGGCCUGUCCUGUGGGGAGGAAACCGAGGCUCGGCAGGCCCGGGGGCUGGUGGGUCUGGGUCUCAGGACUCGGGGGCCCACCACUCCUCAGCGUUGUCCCGGGCCUGAGGGCUCUGGGCCAGGGGCGGAGCAGGGGGGAGCAGGGCUGUGGUCUCACGGGGCCGCGGCCUCGGAGGUCAGCCUGCCAGGGAGCUCUGAAAGGGCCAGAAGGCCCACGCCCUUUUCCUGGCUGCCCUCUGGCUGAGCGGGAAGGCCGGUGGUCAGGGCAGAGGCUGCCAGGGGUCCGAGGCCCACCCAUUGCAUUUGGAGGGCCCCUCGGUGCUGCCCAAGGGCUGCCCUGGGAUAGAGCUGCUCCCCGGCCUGUCUGCUCAGCUGCAUGGGGGGCAGCCGCAUUGCCUGGUUUUGUACAUUCGUUCCCUGGUUCCGGAUGCACCGUGAGAGGUGGGGCCGUGUCCAUCCGAUCCUGGACUCUGGCUGGCUUCGUCCUGCGCUGUCUGGAAUCAGCUCCUGUCCAGGGGCGAAUAGCUGACCUGUAAAUAUUUCGCUUUGUGCUUCCGCUAUCGGCUGAAGAUGUUUGUUGCUCUUUUACAUUUAAAAAAUCUGUUUGUAAUACAUUUACGUUCUUCAACUGGAAAUAAAAUGUUCUUUUCUUA